AUGGAGCAGAAUCGACAGUCUAAAGAGGCCAACGAGAAGUUCGCGCCAGAGGAGAAGCAGUCUGACUACGAUGAGCGUGUCAUCCCAUCCAUCGCAAACGAGGUCAUGAAGGCGACGAUCGCGCAGUACAACGCGGAGUCGCUCCUGACCCAGCGAGAGCAGGUGUCUCACGAAAUCCGCGAGGCGAUCGUGCAGAGAGCUCAGCAGUUCAACAUCGUCAUGGAAGACAUUGCCAUCACGCACCUGACCUACGGCAAGGAUUUUGCCCGAGCCAUCGAGGACAAGCAGGUGGCUCAGCAGGAUGCGGAGAGGCAGAAGUUCAUCGUGGAGAAAGCCGAGCAGGAGAGACAGGCCACCGUCAUUCGCUCCGAGGGCGAGGCCGAGGCUGCGAAGAUGAUUUCAGAGGCUCUGAAGGAGCAUGGCAGUGGCUUGAUCGAGGUCCGGCGGAUCGACGCAGCAAAGGACAUCGCCGAAAACUUGUCCAAAUCUCCAAACGUCAUGUACCUGCCGAACGGGCAGCAGAUGCUGCUCAACGUCGCUGGGGGAGCACGGCCGCAGGCCUGA